AUGAGGCCGAAAGCUAAAGGCGAAAUGCGUUCAUUUUAUGAAUGUCAAAACUCUCCAUCUUUGACAAUGUUAACGAGGCCCGAGAAUGCAAAUCAAAUGGAUACUGCAAUGAAUGCGAAUUUGUCGAAAUCUGCGGUCGAGAAGGAAAUCAAACGACAGAAACAAGCGAAUGAGAAGAUGAAAAAACUGGAAAUGCAUCGUCUUGGAAUUGUUCACUAUGAAUUUCAGGUUGAUCCUUGGAUUGAACAAACAUUAGCCAAAGGAGUUUUGGGUCUUCAACAAGAAUUUGCCGAUCUCACUGGCACCGUAGAUCCCACAUUGAUGAAAUCGUUCUUUCAGAACACUUCAACUGGUCGUAACAGAUAUCGGGAUAUCGGUUGUCUUGAAUCAACGCGUGUAGUGUUGGAUAAGACCGCAGCGAGUGGCAAUGAUUAUAUCCAUGCGAAUUUCAUUUCGACACCAUUCAAACAAAAACGUUUCAUUUGUACACAGGCACCUUUACCAUCAACUGCUUAUGACUUCUGGCAAAUGAUUUUGCAGAAUGGUUGCUGUAUAAUCGUUAUGUUAUGCAAUAUUGAAGAAAAUGGCAAACCAAAGUGUUUUGAGUAUUGGUCACGGGAACCUGGAACAUCGGUGAAAUUUGACAAUAUUACUGUGAAAACGGUCGUUGUUAGGAAGCUGAAGCUGCAUCCGGAAUGCUCGGGGACAGUAACGAUACAAAUUUCUGGAUUGGCGAUAAUGGUAGAUGAUGUGUUCUACCAUGCCGUUGAUCACUUCCAAUGGCUGAAUUGGCCUGAUCGAAAGGUGCCACCAGCUGAUCUCACACCGAUUUCUCUACUUAAUUAUAUACGAAAAUCCAAGACACCGAUCGUAGUGCACUGCACAGCUGGUAUCGGACGCACUGGAACGUUGAUCAUGAUGGCUUAUAUACUGGAGACAUUGGUGACUGGCCAGAAACCUGAAAGUUCAAAUGAGAUACUGAAACGUUUACGAUCCGAACGUGCUUAUCUUUUGCAGAGUGAUGCACAGUAUCUGUACGUUCAUCGAGUGUUAUUGGAAUACUUCGCUCUAAAAGGGUUGAUCAGCGAUUAUAUGGCUGAUCGAGUGACGAAUUUUAUUGAAGAUUAUGAAGCUGCGAUCAACUAA